AAAAAGCCUGACCACAACUUUUUCUGUGCAUUUGCUAAUUAGCACCAACUUUUUCUGUAGAUGGAGACGCAACAGAAGAAGAGCACAAGACAACAAAAGAUCAGAUCAACACUACCUAGAUACUGCAUGCAGCCAACUCUAAAAGAGAUCUAGAGUUUGCGGGUAUGGCCUCCGAUGAAUAUAUUGUAAUGCUACCUUACCUUGCCCAUGGCCAUCUCAUACCAUUCCUAGCAUUGGCAAGGCAGAUUCAACAAAGAACCGGCUUCACCAUCACCAUUGCCAGCACCAAGCUCAAUAUCCAGUACCUCCGACGUUCUCCUGUUUCUGUUGACGACACUAAUUCCCCAUCCCAUUCCAGCAUCCGCUUUGUCGAGCUCCCCUUCUGCAGCUCUGCCCACGACUUACCACCCAACACUGAGAAUACCGAGAACUUGUCUCUAAACAAAAUGAUAAACCUUUUUCAUGCAUCGGUAAGUCUUAAAGAUCCACUUUUGCACGUUCUCCAUGAUAUGAUUGACCAAGAAGGGCGGCCUCCGCUUUGUAUAAUUUCAGACGUGUUUUUUGGGUGGGCUGUCGAUGUUGCAAAGAGUGUGGGCGCCAUGCACAUUACAUUCUCCACCGGUGGAGCCUACGGCACCAUGACCUACGUCUCUCUGUGGCUUAACCUCCCACAUCGUUCCACAGAUUCCGACGAGUUCAAGCUGCCGGGGUUUCCUGAAAGUUAUCGCUUCCAUCGCUCUCAAUUGCACCAAUACUUGAGAGUUGCGGAUGGCACGGACAUGUGGUCUACAUUUAUGCAGCCACAGAUUUCGCGUUGCUUGGAGUCUUCAGGGUGGCUGUGUAACACAGUCGAGGAAAUUGAACCUUUUGGCCUGGAUCUUCUCAGAAAAUAUCUGCGACUUCCCGUUUGGACUAUAGGUCCUCUUCUUCCCCAAGCAGCUCUUAAAAAGCCGUCCUCCUCACAUUCAUCAAGUAUUUCCGGACAACAUGCCGGGAAAAAAUCCGGAGUACCUCCAGAAAAAUGCCUCGAGUGGCUUGAUUUGAAGGGUGCUGAUUCAAUUCUUUACAUUUCUUUUGGUUCUCAGAACACCAUUGGUGCGUCCCAAAUGAUGCAAUUAGCUAAAGGCUUGGAGGACAGUGCAAAAUCUUUCAUUUGGGUGAUAAGGCCACCCCUUGGUUUCGACAUUAAUGGAGAAUUCAGAGCGGAGUGGUUGCCAGAAGGAUUUGAAGAACGGAUCAGGGAAAACAAACGAGGUUUGUUAGUCAGAAACUGGGCACCACAGUUGGAUAUUCUUGCCCACAAGUCGACCGGAGCUUUUCUGAGUCAUUGCGGGUGGAACUCGAUAUUGGAGAGCUUAAGCCAGGGCGUGCCUAUUAUAGGGUGGCCAAUGGCAGCCGAGCAGGCAUACAAUUCAAAGAUGCUGACGGAGGAGAUGGGUUUGAGUGUGGAGCUGACAAGAGGGCAUCAAAGCGUGAUUGAAGCGAAGGAGGUGAAGAGGGUCGUAGAAUUGGUUAUGGACGAAAAGGGCAAAGGCAAGGAUAUGAGGAAGAAGGCAGCCGAGGUUAGAGAGCAGAUAAGGUCGGCAAUAAGAAAAGAGGGAGAGGAACAGGGGUCUUCGGUGAAGGCAAUGGAUGACUUUAUUAGGACGAUUGUUUCCAAGAGAGGAGCACUCACGGGCAAUCAACUUGGUUCAAAUAUUUCAGAGAAAAUAGUUUAGUUUCUGAUCAAGGAUCGCCAGCUCGUGUCCUUUCUUUCUUUGUCAAAAAUGGUCUCGUGUUCUGAAGGUGAUUGAUAUAUAUAGUUGGUGGAAUUGCAUUGAU